UUCUCUCCAUAUUCCACUUGCGCAGGCUUUAAUUUAAAACCAUGGAAGCACGUGUGCUGGCUGACUGUCGUCUCCACGGCCAUGAAGAAGACGGCGGCGGGGGCGGAACCCCUCCUUGUUGCCGCUCCACCGAGUGGCCGCGUCCAUUCUGGGCCGGUGGUCGGAUUUAAGGGGUAGGGAAAAGUUAGCUUUAGGGAUCGCAAAGCGUGGUGACCCUAUGGCCCCGCUGGGAGGCGUACCGGGGCUGGUGCUGCUGUUCAGCGGGAAGAGGAAAUCCGGGAAGGACUUCGUGACCGAGGCGCUUCAGAGCAGGCUAGGGGCUGAUGUGUGCGCUAUCCUCCGGCUCUCCGGUCCACUCAAGGAGCAGUACGCUCAGGAGCACGGCUUGGACUUCCAGAGACUCCUGGACGCCAGCACCUACAAGGAGGCCUAUCGGAGCGACAUGAUCCGCUGGGGGGAGGAGAAGCGCCAGGCUGACCCAGGCUUCUUCUGCAGGAAGAUUGUGGAGGGUGUCUGCCAGCCUGUCUGGCUGGUGAGUGAUACACGGAGGGUAUCUGACAUCCAGUGGUUUCAGGAGGCCUAUGGGGCUGUGACACAGACGGUCCGUGUGGUGGCCACGGAGGACAGCCGGCAGCAGCGGGGCUGGGUGUUCACACCAGAUGACAGCUCAGCUUGCGUGGGGCUCCGUAGUGUCUAGGCUGACCUGGUGGCUCUGGGUUCCUGCUCUGUCUCCCUCCUGGGCUGCAGCAUAUCCUCCAGAGGCCGACCUUGAUCUGGACCACUCAGAUUCUUCACAGCUACUCUGUGAACAGUCAAGGAGGACAUUUUAUCUGCAUUUAGCAGAUGCCAGGAACUCAAGAGAAGUAAACAACCUGUCCAGGGUAGAGGAUUAGUAAAUGUUGGCACUCUGGCCAGAACACAGGCCGCCUGACUCCUGACCGGGGCCCUCGGCCAUGUACCUUUGGGGUAUGGUGCAAAGCCGCAUGGCCAUCUUGGCCAUCCUAUUGCGUAGCCUGGGCCCACCACCUCUCUGGCACUGACUUUGUUCUCCUUCUAUAAAUUCUGAUGGUUCACACUGAUAAUGGGACAACCAAGGAAAUUCCAUCAGUUUCACUGUGACCACAGUGAACUCUACACAUCCCUGCCCACAUCUCCUCCCUAGAUUACCUCUUCCUGAGACUAGUCCCCUGGCUCCCCCACAGGCCUGAAAGCCGUGGACUCCUCUGUGUCCCCUAACCCCCGGCUGAUUGGUCUCCAGGUUAUGUUAAUCUGCCUUGCCUGUGUCUGUUACUGAAUGCCAGUCUGUGUGCCUGACACACAGUGAGGCCAGACAAGACUGAAAUGUCAGAGUUUGGAGCAGAGAGAGGUUCACUGCAGGGCCACGCAAGGAGUCGGGUGGCUUCUGCCUUAAAAGACCCCCAACUCCUGGAAAGCUUUCAGCAAAGCUCUUUUAUAGGAAAGGAGGGUGGCGUGGUUAGUUGUUGCAGGCUUCUUGGCGUCAGAGCCUUUGUUCUUAAGGUCAGGUCAAGGUCCGGUCACAAGGUUGCUGGAAGCCUCCACCAAAACAAAUGUUAUUCUCUGUUCUGACAAAGAAGGGCAAAGUCCUAAGGCUCAACUUUUGCCCUCUGAGGCCCAGGCUAAGAGGAGGAGGAGUCCCUGGGCUGGCCGGUUACUCUGCCCCAGAGCGUUGGUCGAGUACCCAGUUUGUGUCCUUCCACCAGUGUCCAGGCCCUGCUGAAGAGGCAGAUCUCAGGGGGUGGCGCACUCAGGGGCAGGUCCCCAGAGCCUGCCCAGCCAUCAUCACUGCGGGAGCCAGGCGCCCAGCACCCAGCCAGCCCUCGGGCUUUUCAUUUAAACUGGAGCGAAUCAUUUGGGUGGGAUCAGUAGGGAUACAUGUUGUAGCAAAUGCCCAUCAGGUUAGUUCCCAGCUCACAGCAGCUGCCGUUCUAUGAGAACAGCUCCACCCAUAAAGAUAGACCUGAAGUCAUGAUGAGCAGUGACCUUGCAACCUAAACUUGACCUCUGGCCACCUCCUAGGGGAUAGACAGCUGAUCUCAGCUAUAUCAAUUUUUGAAAUGUGAAUGGAGACACUGAAGCUGGUUGAAGCUGUGACCUUAAUGGCAGUGUCCAUGUACUCCAGUUGCUGAGGGAGGCCUCUGUGGCUGGUGACCCGUGGAGACCAGCACCACCAUUAGAUCGCAGCGGGGGAAUGGAGGAGAGGGCGCAGCUGCUGCAAGGCCUGGGCCUGGCCAGCAAGUGGCCGUGGUGAGGGCUCUGGAGCUCUGUGAGAGACAGCUCUCUGCCUGUCCCCGGGCCCCCCAGCUCACCCACCAGCUCUGAGGCUAGAGAGCCUGGAUAGCCCCGGGGAGAAGGCCGAGAUCACCUCUCACCUACUCUGCUGUGAGGACCACUGCCCGGCUGACUGUUGGCGGAGUGGCACCUCUAACCACAGCGCUAAGGGUCUGGAACUCAUCACCGAGCACCUGCCCCGCCCCAUCACAUGUCUUCCCUCUGGGAUUCUCACUGGAAGGUAAACUCCCUGAUGGUUGGGCUGUGUCUGUCCAUAGUUGCAGUCCUGUCUCCUAGAGCUGUGGGUCCACAGUGGGCAUCAGACAGUGGAUGUGAUUGGAGGCAGGGUGAGGCAGGACUGUGGGAGUCACGCUGGGUGGAAUCCUGUGGGUGGUCAUUUCAUGCAUUGGAUGUUUCCUCGCCUCCCAGCAGAGGCUCUGAUCCAGCCCCGCUACCACUCUCCCUGGGCCUGGAACCUCUGCUUCCUGCUGGUAUUGAGGCUGCUGGGGUCCUUUCCAACACAGAGACUCUGGCUCCUUAGUUCCUUAGUUCCACUCUUUGUGAGGGCUUCCCUGAUAGCUCACUUAGUAAAGAAUCUGCCUGCAAUGCAGGAGACCCUGGUUCAAUUCCUGGGUAGGGAAGAUCUGCUGUGGAAGGGAUAGGCUACCCACUUCGGUAUUCUUGG